UGGUGGUGUUGGGGGGGAGUGUUGCGCUUGGUGAGGAGUCGCGCGUGAGCGGCGUCGCUCAUUCGCGGCUGCCGUGGACGCGCGCGUUGAGCUGCGCGGAUCUCGCAGUCGCUGCCCUCUCCCUCCCCCCCCAACUCUCGCAUUUAAACUCUCCCGUUGCGCGCCUUUCAACCGACGCCGCGAACAUUGAAAAACAAAACGAAACAUCAAAGUUUUGUUGUUGUUGAGCUUUUUGUUGUUGUUUUGCUCCUCACAUUGUUCUCACGAAUCGCCCUGAACCCGGGCCCCACAACGAGGCGGAAAUUCCCGGGGCCGCGUUAACUUUUUUUUAAAAGGUUUUUAUUUUUUAUUUUAGUUUUUUCAAGGCGCGCGAGAUGGAAGUGACUGCUGGUGAGACCGAGCACGAGAGGAUAUCGCGCGUAACGUUUAUUGCCAAUUAUUUACGCUGCUAAGAUCGCGUGUUUAAAAGUGUGCUCGCGACCCUUGAAGAGCACUCACGGGCACGGGCGUUUUCCUCAUCACAGCAAACACGAGCUGAGACUAUACGACGUGACAUCAAGAGCCUACAUCAGCGACAGCAACAACCGCGAACAUCAACUUCGACAGCAACAACCAAUAAAUAACAUCAACAAUCGGACAGAAACAAUCGCUACCAGCAACAACAACAACCACUGCCAUCAACAGCAACAACCAAUACAUACAUCAACAACAUUGUACAGCAACAGCCGCUACCAUCGACAGCAACAACCACUCCCAUCAACAACAUCGUACAGCAACCACCAAUAAAUAACAUCAACAACAUCGUACAGCAACCACCAAUAAAAAACAUCAACAUACAGCAACCACCAAUAAAUAACAUCAACAACAUCGUACAGCAACCGUCGCUACCAUAGGCAGCAACUACCUCCCAUCCACAACAUCAACAUCAUCAUCGACGGCAACAACCAAUAAAUAACAUCAACAACAUCGUACAGCAGCCGUCGCUACCAUCGACAGCAAGCAACAACAUCAACAACAACCUGGACAGAAAACAACAAACAACCACAACAAUAUCUUCUGAAUCGGUGCGUGUGACCACUUCUGGUCACGGUCCUCUGGCUGGUCGCCUGAGUAAGAAGUGACCGGUCACCUCAGUUAAAAAACUAAAGGAAUUGCUGUUUUUUUACGUGGUUACAAGGACUUCGCGUUUAUCUCAGCGCAUCGGCAGCCAACGAGAACUUCUUAUUCUUCUUCUUCUUCUCCAAGACGACCUCCUUGGGUUCGCCACGUCCCAUUGCGAAACCAGCUUCAACCGCUGCUGCUGCUGCGACUUCGACUGCUGCAAGUGUCUGGAGCUGUCUCGGUGCUCGGUGCAUUGUUACAUUGCAGGAUUCUCAGGAAUAGGGACGGCUUGGUGGAGGUCUUCAUCCAGUAGUGGAUUGACGGAAAACCGCACAUUGUGAGAAACAACACGAGGCAUGGCAGCUUCGGGAGGCCCCCAGCAGUGCGUGUCGCGUGUUCAGCUCACCAUUUCGUGCCGCAGCCUCCUGGACCGAGAUAUGCUCACCAAGUCCGACCCCUUCUGCGUGCUCUUCAUCGAGUGCGACAAGCAGUGGAUGGAGGUGGCACGCACCGAGACCAUCAAGAACACGCUGUGCCCAGACUUUUCCCGGAAGCUCGUCAUGGAGUACCGCUUCGAGGAGGUGCAGAAGCUCAAGUUCGCGCUGUUUGAUGAGGAUGCGCCCUCCGCCAAGCUGGUCGACCACGACUUCCUGGGCGAGAUUACCAGCACCCUGGGGCAGAUAGUAUCGCACAGAACGUUGACACGUCCACUGCUGAUGCAAGACGACAGACCUGCUGGCCGAGGCACCAUCACGAUAUCGGCCGAGGAAAUCACGGACAACAGAAUAAUCACCCUCAGCAUGGCGGGGCGCAAGCUGGACAAAAUGGACCUCUUUGGAAAAUCAGACCCAUAUCUUGAGAUUUACAAGCAGAGCCCUGAUGGCACCUGGAUGCUGGUGCACAGAACCGAAGUGGUGAGGAACACUCUGGACCCGACAUGGAAGCCAUUCACCCUCCACCUGCAGGUGCUCUGCAAUGGGGACCUGGAGAAGAACAUCAAGGCCGUGUGCUACGACUGGGACCGGCACGGUAGCCCUGACCUCAUCGGCGAGUUCUACGCCAACAUCAUUCGCCUCAAGGAGGCCACCGGCAGCAUGGAGGUGGAGUUUGAGUGCAUUAACAACAAGAAGAAACAAAAAAAGAAGAGCUACAAAAACUCAGGCAUCAUUAUCUGCAAGUCGUGCAAGAUAUCGCGUGACUACACCUUCCUGGAUUACAUCUUUGGAGGGUGCCAACUUCAUUUCACGGUGGGCAUAGACUUUACGGCGUCUAACGGAAACCCAAGGGACGCAUCCUCGCUGCACUACAUCAGCCCCACGGGCAUGAACGACUACCUGGCUGCCAUCUGGGCCGUGGGCCAGAUCAUCCAGGACUACGACACGGACAAGCUUUUCCCAGCAUUGGGUUUUGGAGCUCAGCUUCCUCCCGACUGGAAGGUGCACCAUGACUUUGCGCUGAAUUUUAACCCAUCCAACCCUUUCUGCACAGGCAUCGAGGGAAUCGUUGCCGCGUACCACUUCUGCCUGCAGAACAUCCGGCUAUAUGGCCCUACAAACUUCUCUCCCAUCAUCAACCACGUGGCCAGCUUUGCGCACACGGCCAGCGGGAGUGCCUCCGCCUCGGAGUACUACGUGCUGCUGAUCAUCACGGACGGUGUGAUCAGCGACAUGGAGGCGACGCGCGAAGCCAUCGUGAAGGCAUCGCGCCUCCCCAUGUCCGUUAUCAUCGUGGGUGUCGGCAACGCCGACUUUGAGGCCAUGGAGGUGCUCGACUCGGACGACCGCGUGCUCACGGCGCCUUCCGGCGAGGCAGCUACCCGCGACAUCGUCCAAUUUGUGCCCUUUCGCCAGUUCCGCUACGCCGCCAAGGAGGAGCUGGCCAAGAGCGUCCUGGCUGAGCUCCCCGGUCAAGUGGUGCAGUACUUCCGUCAGAGAAACCUGUCUCCGAUCAACUCGACGCACACCGACUGACCCUGUCCCAAGGAACCUCACCAUCUGCUGGGAGACUCAACGUGGCCUGUGCUCUUGCCAAUUCACUCAAACAAAGCUGGUUUUUCCUGGAAUCUUGCGGUGAAAACAAACCAAAACGAAAAAGUGUUAUCCUUGUUACAAUAUUUGGUACUUUUUAUGUCGCUAUUUUAUAUGUUGGAGCCCGUUAAUUUUAGUUUUGCACCUCCGAAUUUUUAUUCGUCAAGAGUCAGCGACGAUCUUCAGCGUUUGCCCCGACACUAGGCUCACGGCCGUAAAUAUUUCAAGCAUGCUUCGUCCCGUAACACUAAAGGAUGGAACUGCCCAUGCUUUAAUGACGUCGCUCAUAUUUGUAGGUACAGGUUUUACUGGUAGGAACCUCCUGGUUACACCAGCCCACAGGGGAUUUUUGUGUCUGUCCGUCGUGCAUCCACAAUUUGGAGGGGUGGGGCUGGGUGGAGAGU